GAUGACAUAAAUGUAAUUAUAGCCAAAAGACUUAUAUUAUUAUGUAAUAUUUGGAUAAUUUUUUUAUUAAAUCUAUCCCACUUUUCUUUAUGAUAACUGUGUGAUUUUGGACUUACUAGGCACAUAUGGCACUUCAUAACAUAGAUGCUGCAAUUGAAAGCUUUAAAAAUGCACUGGUCUUAGAGCCAAAUGAUGCUGGGAUUAAGAAGGACCUUGCAGCUGCUAGGAAGAAGGUUGUGUCUAAUACACGCAGUAGAAGUCAACUUUGAAGGCAAUGUUUACUUUUUAAUUCCUAGUUUAACAUUGUUGAAGAGAAGGUGCAGAGAAUUCAGCAUCAAUCGCUGGCCUCAUAGAAAAAUCAAAAGCUUGCAUUUACUCUUACAAAAUCUUACAUUAUUAGAUAUUAACAUAGUUUAGGGAAUUGGAUGGUAGAUUUGAUUAAUAAGUGCUUAUUGCAAUGUUUGUAUUUUGGUAAGUUUAGUAAGACAAGUUUUUGCAUAGGAGCUAUUACUUUU